AAGAGGGGGAGGAGGAGUCUGUUUGUUGACAUCGGACGAAAACGAAAAUCAGAUGAGUGAAGACUGGUGAUAAUAACUCAAUUUCUCGCCGUCAUCAAGACACAUAGCCUUGGCGAAAGCUAAGUGCUUACCUCUUAAGGUUUCCUGCACUGCCCUGUCUUUGAACUGAGCAGGAAAAGAAGAGGCUAACAUGGCAGCCAAAGCAGGAGACAACCCUGAGAGCCUCAUGACUCUGGCAACAGUCUUCUGCCUGAGGAACCUAGGGAAGACCAUGUGCUACCAGGGAUUCAGGAACAAGGUCUGCUUGCGCUCAGACAUCUUCCUUCCCAGUGAAAUCUGUGACAAGUUGGUCAACACAUAUAUGGAGUUGGUCCACACAGACAGUAAUUUUGAACCAGAGGAGAGCUUCUUCCAGCUAUUCUCAGACCCGCGAAGCACUAGACUGACCAGGGUACAGCUGAGAGAAGACUUUGUCCGUGACAGAGAUCUGGAGGCCAUUAGAAAACAGGUUGGAAACUAA